AUGGAACACCAUUCUUCCAUAGAAAAUUUGGAUGAAGAUGGAUAUACUCAAUUAGACUUCAGUUCUUGCAAUAUCAUCAGGAAACCUGUGGUCUCAGAGAAAGGAUUUUGUGCUGCAUCCCCUCGUUGGCGUCCCAUUGCUGUGACUUUGGGAAUUUUAUGCUUGGUAAUGCUGGUGAUAGCUGUGGUCCUGUGUACCGUGGCUAUCUGGAGACCCAGUUCAGGGAAUGACCUGUUGAAGGAUAACAGCUUUCAAUCAAGAAAUAAAGAGAACCACAGUCAACCAUCUUUAGAAGAGAAUGUGGCUCCUACCAAGGCUCUCACGACCACAGGAGUUCUUUCUAGCUCUUGUCCCCCUAACUGGAUCACACAUCAGAAUAGCUGUUAUCUAUUUACCACAUCAUUAGAUUCCUGGGAUACAAGUAAAAGACGGUGCUUGCAACUGGGCUCUAACCUCCUGAAGAUAGACAGCUUAAAAGAGUUGGAAUUUAUAUCCAGGCAAGUGUCUUCCAAACCUGACCAUUCAUUUUGGAUAGGGCUUUCUCGCCGUCAGACUGAAGAACCAUGGCUCUGGGACGAUGGUUCAAUGUUGUUGUCUAACUUGUUUCAAAUCAGAAGAACAGUUACCAAACAAGACUCAUCUCACAGUUGCGUAUGGAUUCAUGUGUCAGUCAUUUACGAGCAACUCUGUAGUACGCCUUCAUAUGGUAUUUGUGAGAAGAAGCUGUCAAUAUAA